CAAGGGAGAGCAAUAGUGUGAGUAGAAAAUGUAAACACAGCGAAUGUUAUUGAAAAUAAUAGUUAUAUAUUGGUAAAAAUGCAUAAAAGCACAAACCGACUACUCUUAACUUGAUAUCUGUUUGGUAGUUAACGAUUUAAUUUGCAAAAUUGUGUUAAAUUCCCCAAAUAAUGCGAGGAAAGGACUACAGAGAAAACAACAUGGCGGAGAGCAUGGAAAAUGAUGAUGAGUUUGACAACAUGGACCAGGAUUCUGACAGCGGCACGAUGGAAGUAGAGGUUGACGGUACCCCUGGGGCAGACGAGAUUGAGAGACUCCUCAUGGAGACAGAUAUCUCUGAUAUUCCUAAAAUACUGAUUGUUACAAAUGUGGACACCAGUGUGUUUGAGAAUGACAAUAUUAAGGAGGAGUUUGAGAGAACAUUCAGAGUGUAUGAUGAGAACACAACAUUUCAAUACUUCAAGAGUUUCCGGAGAGCGAGAGUGAACUUUUCAUCACCGCUGUUCUCCACAAACGCAAGGAUAGACCUUCAUGAGGCCUUUGUCUGCGGACAGAGAAUCAAGUGCUUCUUCUUCCAGCCAAUCACCAUUUCAAAGGAGGGUGAUGAUGAUCCCCACCUGAAAUUGCCAGCCCCCCACAAACAGUUCCUCAUAUCCCCGCCUGCCUCCCCGCCCUUGGACUGGGAACAAACGCACGAGUCCCAGCCUGUGAUCAACUAUGACCUCCUACAUGCCAUGGCCCAGCUCGCUCCAGGUGAAUCUCAUGAGUUGCACCCACCAUCGAAGGAUCAGCCUGGAAUUGUAGUUCACAUCUGUGAGGACCCCGAGGGCUACAGAGUUGCGGAGAAGCCCACUCUACCACAGACAAAGUGCCCUGAUCGCUAGACGGAAUCUUUUCAACUGAUGUGUUCAUGUUUCAUCACAGACUGUUUUAUUGGGGAGUUAAUGUUCACUUUUAUGAAGAGCUUGGCCAUAUAGCUGUAUAGUUCUGCUAUACAUUGAGUUACAAACUAGCUUAAAGUUUAAGUGGUUUGGUGUUCAGUAUAAUCUAGAUGUUUCAGACCUUGAGAAGCAUUGACAGCUACUCUAGUCUAACAUUUCAUCAUUUUCAUUAGUUAUGGUGGAGUUUGACCUCAUAUUUACUAAAUAUUGGUGGUGUGUAACCUAUACCAUGUGAUGGUCUUUUUCCUGUGUAAGGCAUCAUUGGGGCAGUUAUUUGCAUGCUCGAGAAGUUUGUGACUUAAAAUGUUGCGUAAAUAUGAAAAUUUAAAUAGAAACUAUUCAUUGUUGAAAUACAUCACCAAUCUCAUGCAAUAGUUUGUUUGCAUCUUGUAUCUAUCCAUAUGUAUUGUUUAUUGUUUUCUGAUGUAUUGUGAAAUGCUACAAUAUGCCCGUGAUUCUGUAUAUGUGCUAAAGGGUGGCUAGGGGAACCAUGUGAUAUGUGAUAUGCUUGUGGUGUUAUUCCAUUUCAUAUGUUUUCUAUCUAUAUCUACACUGAGGGCUUCUCUACCCCAGGAACGCUGUUAAAGGUCCUGCAAUAGUUAGAUCAGUGUUAAUAUUUUAAUAAGUUCUGCAAAUUAUGUUUUAAAAUCGUAAAGAAGUAGUCAGGUUUUUUUAAAUAGAAAAAGAUGGCAAUAAGAGGUAACAAAUUUUUGUUGUCAAGGAAUGUUUUAACUUGGCACAAAAAAGGGUCGGUCAUGUGGCAGGGUAUCUAUUCCAACCUUAGGCUAACUGUUGUGGGAUUUUUCGCUAAAACAUAAAAAUUAUGGGAGUUAGGUGCCAACUGGGAAUUCCAGUUUAAAGUAAAUUAUCUUAAUUUUCCAUAUGUACGAGGAUAGCUAUACAUAUUGCUAUCAGAUAUAAAUAUUUCAGGUCUCAUUAAUGCGUAUAUACACAGGGCCCAUGAUUACAAACAAUCUUAAGUCUGAGUCUAGACUCCUAGUGUUGUGGGGUUUUCACAAUCAGUAACUAGCAUCAAUGCAUUUUACACCAUGACAAUAUACUCCCUCUCUUCAACAGUUAGUUAUAUAUUCUGUGUGCAUUUAGUUUUGAAUUUCAGCUAAAAAAAAUCUUUGAAUGUCAAAAUGUAAAGUCUUAUUACAUGACCUUUGUUCUAACUUGACACAGUCACUGGUCCUGGUAUAUACUAUAUUUAUUAUAGCUAAGCAGAGAUUGGCUUUUGGGAUUGUAAAAAGUACAUUGUUUUACUAGGGUGGUGGUAUGAAGUGUUGGGUAUAAAAUUGUCUCAAAAUUAUUGAACAUCUGUUUUUUGAUGUCAUUUAAUAUUAAUAUUGUUUUUGUUUGUUAUGCUUGCUGUAAAUACUGACUAGAACUUAAAUAUAACAUUACAUGAGAAAAUGACAAGAAAAAAAUAUCAAAUUGGUAUUAAGUAAAACAAAUUUCGUUGUUAUGGUCUUGGGUGUACACCAAACUAUAUUUAAGGGUUUUAGCAAGGUUUUAAUAAAGGAUGCAGCAAAAAGGGCAGGAUGCAGCAGAAAAGGGACAGGGUGCUAAGGGUGAAAAUGGCACAAUGUAUCUAUGCUAUGAAGAACAUUAUGAAUUUGACAAAAAAGAGGGUGUCAAACUUUUGUAUGAAAAUGAAUAUCUUUAAUUAGGGUUGACUUAUUGUGACCUUGUGACCUUGGAAAAGUGAAUGGAGACCUUUCAUUGGAUUGCAUUUUGGGUCCCUAUGGUCAAGGUCACUAUUUCUCAAAAUAGAAAAUUGGUUGAAACUUAAUAUCUUAACUUAGGGUUGACAGAUUGUGACCAAACUUGGUAUGUAGGAACAGAUUAUGAGACCUUUCAUUUAAUUGCUUUUAUGGCCCCUAGGAUGAAGGUCAAAGUCACUGUUACUAAAAUAGAAAAUGGUUGAAACUGAAUAUCUUUUGUUCAGAUUGACAUAUUGUGACCAAACUUGGUAUAUAGGAAGAGUUUAUAGAGACCUUUCAUCAGAUUGCGUUAAGGGCCUCUUGGGUCAAGGUCACUGGCAUUACAAAUAGAACAACGGUUGAAACUGAAAAUCUUGAGUUCAGGUUGACAUAUUGUAAUCAAACUUGUUAUAUAAGAAGAGUUUAUGGAGACCUUUCAUUGGAUGCAUUUUGGGCACCAAGGGUCAAGGUCACUGUUUCUAAAAUUAGAAAAAACAGUUGAAACUGAAUAUCUUUAGUUUGAGUUGACAAAUUGUGACCAAACUUGGUAUAGAGGAACAGUUUAUGGGCGGGCGAUCAGUGUCAAACUGGCUUAUAAUACUCACAACACAGGCUGAAGUGUUUCUGUCAAUCAUUGAAAACCUGGUUUCAUUGCACUGCGGCAUUUCUUGUUAUUGCAUUUUGGAUAGUUGUCUUUUAUAAGUAAAGCAUUGAUUGACCAUUAUAUAGUACAACAAUAGGUUCAAUAAACAGCUUUACUUGAUAUAAAUCUAAGCAUGUCAAAUAUUUAUUUCAUUAUGAGUAAAAGUUCUAUUUCGUAAUUUUUAUAUAAAUAUUAUAUGCAUAUUUGUUCUGGAACAGGUUGCAAGUAAUUCGGCAGUUCCUUGAAUGAAGAAUUCUGCCUUGUUUAGGUGUUAUUUUUUAGGCUGUUUCUGGGAAUGGGAUUUAUCCUUCUUGGUAAUAUUUGGAAAAAUAAGUAUAUUGUUUUAAAUAAUACAGUAAAAUAUUGAGUAAAAGAUUUACUGAAGAAUUUAUAAAUUGAUAAAAAUGAUCUGUACACUGUUUUGUCAUUGAAAUAAUCAUCAUUGUUUGUUCAGUCAUGUUUCUAAGUUGGGAAAUUAUUUAAUGCAUUUCUCAUUGUCAUUUGUUACGACAUAUUUGAUUUACACAAAUAAAAUAGAUCAAAAUUGUU